CUGCUCUCCCUCACACACUCUCUCUUCAUUUUCAUGCAUUUUCUUCCCUCUGUCACUGUAUCACUUGGUCCAUCUCUGAGGUCAGAGCGGCAGAGGCAGUGAGCGCGUGGAACAGUCAGCCGGCGGCCUCGUGAGGUCACAGCUGCAGCAAUGGAGUGCUUCAAUGACCUGUUCCUGAAACUGCGGGAGGCCCACGAGCGAGAGGUGGAGGGUUGGCAGAUAAAAGUCCAAGAGCUAUCCAACAAGAAAGGCUGUGACACAAAGCGAAUGGAGGAACUGUUCACCAGAAACCAGCAGAUGAAAGAACACCAACGGUUACUCACGGAAAACAUCAAGACGCUGGAGAACAGACUGAGGGCGGGACUGUGCGACAGGUGCACAGUAACCGAGGAGUUUGCCAACAGAAGACAGCAGGAGUUUGAAGCGUCGCAGAUACAGACCCUGCAGCGCGUCUCUCAGAUGGUGGCAGAGAUUACCAACCUGAAGAAGGAGAACAAGAGACUCAGGGAGGAGAAAGAAAUCCGGUCUUUAAGAGCAGCACUGGAAAGUCACAGUGACCGCUCCUCAAACAGCUUCACAGAGGUCAAAUCAAACAGCUCCCCUGAGUUUUCACCCACCUCUGGUCCUGAGGCCCUCAUCAUGGUGGCAUCCAGCAAGUCCAACAACCAACCACCAGACAGUGACACUGGAGUGAAGACUGAGAGGGAGCAAAGACCCGAGGAGGUCGAACACAGACAGCUGAGAGGGAUGAGCAGGAACCACUGUGAGUCAUAUAAGCCGAUUUCACUGUCAUCUCUCUCGUCACCAUCUUGGAGGACAGAACACAGUGCACCCCGUGUUGGAGAGAGAAGAGCUCAUGGUAUUAAUGGACUGGACCAACGAUCUUCCAACGCACCUCAAGCAAGGAAUUCUUCCUCCUCGACCAGUGGACUCAACCUUGGUAGACAUGUGCUCCACACUCCUGUCCCCUGCCGUCCUCAACCAAUUCGAGGUAGUCCCAUUAGUUUCCCCUGGGCCUUAUCUGAAUCCACUGACUGGGUUAAUUUGGCGACAGCAGGCACAAACCAAGUCAUGCAACCUCCGUCAAAACCAAAUAUUCCACGCUUUCCCAACCUUAUCCCAACGAGCCAACAUGCCAACUCUAGAAGGCAGGCUGCUUUUGGGUCUCCCUGGCCCAAAAGCAGCUCUCCUCAGUCCACAGCAAAGGAGCCCACUGUGGUGUUCCGCUUUAGGAAUCUUCCAGAGCACCACGAGAGUCAAAUCAAGCCCCAGGAGAAACAGGAAAGCCAGCCACCCAAACCUGAGAGUGUCUCCUCUGGGGAAGAGCUUCAAGAGACAUGUGAGGGUCCUCUGGACCUAUCAGAUCGUGGGAAGUCUAAAUCUAGCCAAGCCCCGAGAACUGAUUCACCCAUCGCCUUUCAAGGUGGAGACAGAGUCCAGAUGAGCCCCGACAAAUCAACCAAUCCUCCCGUUCACAUGGUCGUAUCAUCACCUUCACAGGUCUCCCUGCCGUCAUGCUCCUUGACACCACCUGUCAAACACCUGGAAAAUCAUCCCACUGGUGAUCAGAACCACAAGGUCAUCGACGAUCACGAGCAACAGGAGGAGGUGAACGGAAAGACGGAGCAAAGCAGUGAAAAGAGGGUGCCCGUCCUCACCAUAUCAUUACGUCCAGUAGUUGUGCUGGAGACGCUGAACUCUGCUCUGCAGAAGCAAGAAUCCUCAUCAUCAAACGGCAGGUCAUCAACACCAGCAGCCGAGACAGGAAGCAGCUCCGAGGAGCGUGACGACCAGAUAAGCGCGUCGGGCCAAGAAAGCAGCGGCAAGAGGAAGAGGGCGUCUGUGGAGACAGAAACCGACCGAGACUCGGACACAGACAACAUUCAGCAGGAAAACAACGGCAGCGACGAGCCACAGCAGAAGAGGCUGAUAUCACGUUGACCUGGUGAACUCACUUAAACCUGCAUCGGGUCAUCAUCAUUCUUGCCACUUGGGGGCAGUGUCACAUGCUGCAAAGCACCUGAGAGACACUGUCAUGUCAUAUCACCUUUAUUAAAUGAAUACGGGUUAGAAAAGGGAAAUUACAGGGAGUUUUACAAAGAUCUCUGACGUAAACGAUGCUGAAAAGCUGCACAGAGCUCAGGAAAAUGUAUAUCGAUAUUUGAUAUCUGUCAAAUCAGCAGCAGGAACAUUUCAUUUCACAGUGCAUGUCGUCAUUUGGUCGACUGUAAAUAAGAAUCAUUUGUUUCUCGCAGAUUUACAAUGAAAUACAGUUUUAAUUGACAGGGUUUUUGGCCUCGCCUGCGGCUCAGUGUGCUCUGACGUCCGCUCAUCAGCCUCAACGAGUGUUGAAAGGAAGGAGAGCAGAUGUAAACGAAUGCAAAAGAGGUUAUGACCUGUUCUUCCUAUAAGCUUCUCACAGCUUCUGCCACUGAAUCUGUGGAACAGCGCCCCCUGUUGACCUAAAACGAUCUGAUAUAUAUUCAUAAUGUGUAAUCAGUAAAAGUUAAGAGACUGGUCCUGCCAAGACAAGUCUACAUAUGCUAACUGGAAUAUUUCAGUAUUGAACUGCACUUUUGUGUCUUUUGAAAAUUUGAGACAAAAAAGAAUAGAUAUAUAAAUAAGUUAGAAGCAUAGACUGUAUAUACGAACACUCAUGGUCCCCUGGGCUGUAGAUUAGAGCCGAAGAUAAAGCAUCUGAAUCCUGUAUUCUCUUGAAUGGCCAUGUGGGGGCGUCCUGCAGUGGAAGUUUGUAUAUAUACAGUAAGUCUAUGAGAAAAUGAGCCAAUUGAUUUUUGUUGAGAAGUUUAUUGUCUCAGUCAAUUCAGGUCUUUAACUACGGCACAAUGUCCAUUGAUAUGUCCAAGUCACGGUCCCUUUUAAGGCCUUCGCACAUCACACGUGUUAUUUAGUUUUUUGGAACCUGUGUCUUGAGCAACGUUGCAGCUUUUAUUUUGUCAGAGGUGAGAAUCUUUUAGAGAAUCUUGGUUUGGAAGACGUUUGAACGAUCAGAACGUGCGUUACUGACAAAAUGACUGUAGGUCAGUGAAAAAGACUUCACAAUCCUACAAACGUUUGGCAGAGAAACUGUGUCAGACGGAGUCUGUGCUGCGGUCAUGGAGGACAUACUGAACACAUCGCUUUAAUCAACUGAUUCUAAUGAUUCACUUACACUGAAAACAACUGCUUUACAAGUCACUAGUCACUCGUUUGUGUGUGUGUGUGUAAAACAAAGUCACCGCAGUUUCAUGCAGUGAUGACUCCACCCACUUCGAGUAGUGGAAAACCAACCUAAACCGUACUGUGGCGAGUCGAGGCGACCAGGGACCAGGGACAGGACCAGGGACAGGACCAGGGACAGGACCAGGGACAAGAGUGGAAAAGAGCCAUAAGUUCCUGACUCUUGGCUCCAGAACGAUUCUCUUUGGUGUUUCAGGAGGAAGUUCUUGUUAGGAUUAUAUCUGUCCUCCAUUUUCCCAUGAAAAAUGAUAUGACAUCACUGGAAUGUUAAUUUAGACGUAAGCCCAAGCAGCGCCCUCUGUUGGACCUCAUGGUACUUACCAUUCUGUAUAUUUUGAACUCAAAUGUGUUUUAAGGUUCAUAUUUGUUCAUCUGAUAUUGGUUUGUUAAAACGUCUUCACAGCACUAUCAUCAUUGUUCUGAAAGAACGGGACAUUUCAAGACCAAGAACUAACUUGACCUCACAUUUCAAAUCAAUUAUUGUUCCACGAACGCCUCAAUACGUACUCAUCAUACACAGAUCUAUACUACUACUGUAGUAUUUAUAGUUAUCUUACUUUCCCGGCACUCGCUGUCACUGCGCGGCUAUUUUAUGCCUCCACCCCUCACCCUCACUCAUGGUCUCACCCUUCCUCUCUUAAGUGACCUAAAAAAGGAGGCAGAGAGAGAGAGAGAGAGAGAGAGAAGCAUGUUCCUCUUCCCCUUUUUCUUCCAGAAUGCACACAUUUUGCAAGCGUUAACUUUCCACUCACAGCUGUGGCGGCUCGUGUUAAGCUGGAGAUAUAAAAAAAAUGGAGGCGGGUCAUGAAGUCGGUUAUGAAACCGUCCGUUGAUGAUGCAGAAAUGUGAGCUCCAUUUUGUCUGAAAACAAACAGUGUAUAUUCUUUUUUUAUUUUUUAUUUUUUUAUGAAAAUGCCCCAAUUAACAGGCAGAAUCAGCCAAUGUUUACUUAAAAUCUAACAUUUAUGUUAUUUUUUCUUUAUUUCCUCCUUAAAAUGUUGCACUUUUUACUCCUGUGUACAUGUGUGUGUGUGUGUGUGUGUUUGACAAAUGCUAAAAUGUGUGAAGUUAUAUUGAUUCCAACUGUCUCUUUAUUUCCUUUAAGUCCAUUAAGUGACGGGUUAAUGUUAGCCCACUCCCUGUGACUGUUUAUAAUGCUGAUCAUUCCAGCUGAAUGUCAUGUGUGCUUGUAUCAGAUGUGUACACACUGCUGUGUGUGUGUGUGUGUGUGUGUGUGUGUGUGUGUGUGUGCACUUCGUCUGAUGCUGAAAUAAAUGUCCAUUCUUGAAUGUU